GCACGGAGUUUCUCUAUGCGGCGUUGUCAGGGAUUGGUUACACUAAUCCGGGGUCUCACGAGGACUUCUUCACCCUUGUCUAUAUCUAGGGGACCCGGCGGCUUGGAACCCAAGCAGACGUUUUGAUUCUUCACUAUUAAAUCAUCCCAUAACUCAGCUAUGUCCGCAGCACAUCCGUAAAACAAGUGUCUAGAAAGUUAUCCUUUCCUAGAACCUCAAUUGGGUUCAUUGUAACGGCAUCAUGCCGACGAUACAAGAACCUAUUGCGGUUGUGGGAAGCGGAUGCCGAUUCCCUGGGGGGUCCAACACCCCUUCUAAACUAUGGGAGCUGUUACAGAACCCGCGGGACCUAUCUACAAAAGUGCCUAACAGCAGGUUUAAUGUCGACAAAUUCUAUCAUCCAGAGGCUACACAUCAUGGCACUACUAACGCCACAAAGUCAUACUUCCUUGAACAAGACAUCUCGCAAUUUGAUGCCGGGUUCUUCAACAUUCAGCCAUUGGAGAGCGAGGCUAUUGACCCCCAACAACGUCUCCUUUUGGAGACAGUAUACGAUUCACUAUGUUCUGCUGGCAUGAAGAUGGAAAAGCUGCGCGGCUCUUCUACUGCCGUCUACGUCGGAAUGAUGUGUGAUGACUGGUCAACAAUGGUCUCCAGUGAUUUGGAAGCUCUCCCAACAUAUGCUGCCACCGGAACGAGUCGUGCUGUAAUGUCGAACCGAGUUUCAUACUGCUUUGAUUGGCACGGGCCUUCUAUGACAAUUGAUACUGCAUGCUCUUCAAGCCUCGUUGCAGUUCAUCACGCCGUCCAAGCUCUCCGUAACGGAGAGUCCCAGGUUGCUGUGGCAGCCGGAACGAACCUCAUCCUCAGUCCCAACAUGUACAUAUCGGAGACCAAUCUCCGUAUGCUUUCGCCCACGGGUCGCUGUGCCAUGUGGGAUGUUAAGGCUGAUGGCUAUGCACGUGGUGAAGGGAUUGCCGCAAUUGUGCUCAAGACUCUUCGUCAGGCGCUUGCCGAUGGCGAUCCUAUAGAAUGCGUGAUACGUGAAACAGGUGUGAAUCAGGACGGUCGUACAACUGGCUUGACAAUGCCAAGCAAUCUCGCUCAAGCCGCCUUGAUUAGAGACACAUAUCGCCGCGCCGGCCUCGACAUACGCAAGUCUCAAGACAGGCCUCAGUUUUUCCACGCUCAUGGCACAGGGACUCAAGCUGGAGACCCUCAAGAGGCCCAGGCAAUCGAGUCUUCUUUAUUUCCAACGGACUUUGAAACUGAUCAAAAACUAUAUGUCGGCUCCAUUAAGACCAUAAUCGGGCAUACUGAAGGUUGUGCGGGCCUGGCAUCUUUGAUUGGGACUUCUUUGGCAAUGCAAAACGGGGUAAUCCCCCCUAACUUGCAUUUCUCUUCGUUAAGUCCGAAAGUUGAGCCUUUUUAUAAGAACCUCCAUAUCCCAACAAAUGCCAUUCCAUGGCCCAAACUCAGCCCCGGUCAAGUUAGACGUGCAAGCAUUAACAGUUUUGGUUUUGGAGGCACCAAUGCGCACGCCAUAGUCGAAGCAUACGAGUCCCCAAAACCGUCUCUUGAUCAUUACACCACGCCGGCUCUUUUCACUCCUCUCACAUUCUCUGCAGCGUCUGAGAAGGCGCUACUCAACAUGCUAUCUGAUCAUUCUGCACACCUACGCUGUAAUCCUGAUAUGAAGCUGGAGGAUUUGGCUUGGACAUUGCAGGAACACCGCUCUACAUUACCCUACCGCAAAGCAAUUGCCGGUGCAAACCUUGAUACUCUCCUAAAUAAAUUAGCAUCUUUUGAGAAUUCAACAACGAGUGAGCAUCCUGAAUUGAGCGCACGGCAAUCGAGCUUUUCACAUACACCUCUAGUCUUGGGUGUUUUUACUGGGCAAGGUGCACAAUGGCCACGUAUGGGCGCUACAUUGGUUGAGUCAUCUCCCUUUGCUAAGCGUAGGAUAGCAGAACUUGACGAGGCGCUCCAGAGUCUUCCAGAAGAAGAUCGCCCUAGCUGGACAAUACUGCAUGAACUCCUCGCUGACGCGGAGACAUCACGUAUCGGCGAAGCUGCGCUCUCUCAACCCUUGUGCACCGCAGUUCAGAUCCUCCUAGUGGAUAUACUGCAAACCGCCUGUAUACGUUUCACUGCAGUAGUUGGCCACUCAUCGGGAGAGAUUGGAGCCGCAUAUGCUGCAGGUCUCUUAUCGGCCACUGAUGCCAUUCGAAUCGCCUAUUAUCGCGGAUUAUAUGCCAAAUUAGCUGCUUCCCCCAAUGGAUCGAAGGGAUCUAUGAUGGCUGUUAGCAUGUCCCAUGAAGAUGCCGUCGCAUUUUGCCAGCAAGAGACAUUCUUUGGUCGUAUUGCAGUUGCCGCAGUCAAUUCAUCGUCUAGCGUUACCUUGUCUGGAGACAUGGAUGCAAUCGACGAAGCCUACAGCCAUUUCAAGCAAAAAGAGGUCUUUGCCCGGAAGCUAAAGGUCGACACAGCCUAUCAUUCAGCGCACAUGUUAACUUGCAGUGAGCCCUACUUGAACUCCAUGAAAGAAAUGCUUAUUCAACCAGGCACAUUCACUGGUCCAGUAUGGUUUUCAAGUGUAAUGGACGGUGUUCAGAUGUCAGCAAAUACACUUGACGAGAGUUACUGGGUAGAUAACAUGUGUAGCCCUGUACUAUUUUCUAGUGCAUUAGCUAAAGCCGUCUCGACCUAUGGCCAAUUCGAUCUGGCAAUUGAAGUUGGCCCUCACCCCGCGCUUAAAGGGCCAGCGACAGCGAAUUUAGAAGAGUUAGGAUUCACAGUUCCAUACACGGGAGUUUUGUCAAGAGGUCAAAGCGACGUCGAAGAACUUGCAAACUUCCUCGGGUUCCUGUGGACUCGCCUAGGGCCCGACCAAGUGAAGCUCGCUGCAGUUCAGUCACUUUUAUCUGAAUCAUCUGCCCCGUAUGGCAUACUGGCUGGUCUUCCAGCAUAUCCAUUUGACCACCAUAGAAGUUACUGGACUAGCUCGAGAAUCUCAAACUCCCACAAGAAUCGGAAAGAGUCUCCUAAUCCUAUUCUUGGCACUUUGUGUACAAUGGCUACAACAACAAAAGAGGUACAAUGGAGAAAUUUUUUACAUCCUAGCGAGAUCUCUUGGUUAAAGGGGCACAAGCUCCAAGGCCAAACUGUAUUUCCAGCUACCGGCUAUGUGUCCAUGGCGAUCGAAGCUAUGAACUUCUUGGCGGGCCAGGAUGAGAUCAGCUAUUUUAAAAUUUCAGAUCUUGACAUCAAUCGCGCUAUCUCAAUUAAUGAUGACGGAGCUGGCAUUGAGACUAUAUUCAGUGUCAGUUCAAUAAGCAGGGAAGAACACGUUAUCACAGCUCAAUUCGCUUGCCAUACGCUUCUUCCUAGUGAUCAGACCCCUGUAUUACACGCUCAGGGGUACGCGACUGUUCAUCUUGGAGCUGCUAGGGCUGAUGUUCUGCCUGGCUUCUCAACAAAUGCUUAUAAUCUAGUUGACGUGGACAUUACUCGUUUCUACGCAGACCUUAAUCGCAUUGGCUAUGAGUAUUCGCCACCGUUCCAAGGAGUGUCGUUGAUCAGGCGCAAGCCAGAGUAUUCCACGGGCCUUUUAAUAGAUCAGUCCGAUUCUAACUGGGAAGACAAUGUUCUUGCUCAUCCGGGUAUGCUCGACUCUGCUUUACAAACUGCAUUUGCAGCCGUAUCCUUCCCUGGUGAUGGGCAGCUUUGGUCACUACAUAUCCCCACACACGUUACCUCAAUAGUCGUCAACCCCUAUUUUACACCAAUGGCUCUUGGGAAGCAGAAAACCAUGAAAUACGACGCCCUUGUUCGCGCUCGUUAUGGCUCCUCGAUGGAAGCUGACAUCCAUCUCACUACGGAAUACAGCGGCCACUCAUUUGUGAAAUUCGAGGGAGUGAAGCUCGUUCCUUUCUCGCCUGCCUCUGCAGCCAACGAUGUCCCAAUGUUCUCCAGCUUUCAGUAUUGCCUCGCAAGUCCAGAUGGUAUUGCUGUAGCCGAAGAAGAUUCGUUGUCCGAGAAAGAUGCUGAGCUCUAUAAAAACAUCAGCCGAAUCGCUUUUUGGCAUGUCCAUAAUACGGCACAUGCCAUAAAAGAAAGAGGUAAUCUUCUGCCUCAUUAUCAACACUACCUAAGGUGGUGUGAUUGCGUUGUAGAUCUAGUGUCGCGAGGGGAACACAUGGUGGUGUUUCCAGAGGCUAUGUCCGACACUCGUGCACACAUUAGCGCAAUCGUGGAUAAAUACAAAGGAAGAAGCGAUGUUCGCUGUAUCCAGACUGUUGGUGAUCAUCUUGUCGAGGUUAUACAAGCAGGUACAAGCAUACAAGACCACGUGAACCAAGAUGAUCUACUGAGCACGUUUUACGACAACGAAUACACAGCCAAAUCAUACCGCUGGUUAGCACAUAUCGCAGCGCAGAUCGCGAAGCGCUAUCCAAGUAUUCACAUACUUGAAAUUGGUGCCAGGGCUGGGGCCGCCACAGAGUCGAUCCUCUCGACUCUAGGAAAUUCAUUCUCUUCCUACACGUUUACCGACAGCACCCCGGAAAAUCUUCUUGUGGCCGAGAAACGCUUCGAAAAGUUCUCGAAUCGCAUGAUUUACAAGGCGUUUGACAUGGAGAAGCCGCCAACCGAGCAGGGGUUUUCCGAGCAGCAUUAUGAUGUUAUUAUAGCUGCAAAUGUCCUCCAUACUUCAUCAGAUGUAGAGAGUUCUCUAGCUCACAUUCGACGGCUCUUGAAACCAGGUGGUUAUCUUUUAACACUUGAAUUGACGAAUAGCGAGCAUCUUCUGAGCGGAAUGACUAUUGGAACUCUGCCAGGUCCAUGGGACUCAGCUUUGACGCUGAAUGAAUGGAGCCAUGUGCUUGAACAAACAGGCUUCUCUGGUAUUGAUAGUAUUACGCCGGAUACCAGCUCUUUUCUACCAUUCGCGGUAUUCGUAUCCCAAGCUAUAGAUGAUCGCGUGUCUCUACUUCGCGACCCUAUGACAGCUAGUUAUCAGCUGGGUGCUCGUACCGGCUCUCUAGCUAUUAUCGGGGGUUCUACGUUACCAGUUUAUCAGCUAGUGGAGGAGAUAACAGCACAUCUCGCGCCACUAUCUUCGGAGGUCACAGUAUUUGAGACACUUGAGGAAAUGUCCAGAGCUCAAGGAACACUAGCCCAGGGUAUGAGCAUUCUCUGUUUAACCGACCUGGACGAACCAUAUAUGAAGAAUAACUCUCAGGAAAAGUUCGAAAGUCUAAAAUGCCUUUGGAGGAUCGGUGGUUCGAUUGUUUGGGUUACUCGUAACGCUCGAUCUGGAGAGCCAUAUUCCUACAUGAUGAUGGGUGUCGGACGAGCUAUCAAAACAGAAUACCCGAAUAUCAAUCUCCAGAUGCUCGACAUCGACACUCUCGACAAUGGCACUUCCCUCCUACUAACCGAAGCUUUCAUCCGACACUAUCUCUUGACCUCAUGGGGAGAAGAUGCAGCGCGCAUCUUAUGGAGUAUUGAGCCCGAAAUCUCCAUCCAAGACGGCCGUGCUAUGAUUAGCAGGAUUUUGCCUAAUCAAGAAAAAAAUGACCGAUAUAACUCUCAACGAAGGACGAUUUAUAGAGAUAUCAAUGCUGCUGUCGGGACAGUUCGUCUCGUUGGAUCUGACAAUGCCUGCGAAUUGCAACAUAUAUCCCCCUUACGGCAACCCGCUAGCGCCAGGGCAGACUGUCGCACUAUUCGCAUCACACACUCCCUCCUUAAGUCUAUAAAAAUUGACAGUGUCGGAUUUUUCAGGCUUUGUGCAGGCUUCGACAUCGACAAUGGAGAGCCAGUGGUAGCCCUCUCAAGCUCGGACGAAUCGCCCGCAGUGAUACCCUCAAAAUGGUGUGUGAAGCGUGAAAUAGGCUCAUUAGAGCUAGUCGAGCUUGAGGAACUACUUGUCACGUUGGCAGCCUAUUUCAUUGCCGACAGUAUCACCAAUCUAGUGUUUGGCGGGGAUGCGAUUCUGAUACACGAACCUGAUGUAGCUAUUAUACCCACAGUGCAGCUUUUGGCUCGUGAGAAGAACGUCGAACCUUACUUCACCACGGCUUACCCUUCAAGCCAUGAAGAUGUCAUAUUCUUUCACCCGGAAUCAUCCCGGUCUAAUGUGCAAGAUACACUCCCUGCUUCUAUUGGAGCAAUGGUGAGCUUCGUAGGCGGGAGAGAUUCAACGGCGACGCAACGCCUCAUAGCUACGUGUUUACCCGCACGGUGCAUGUCCGUUUCGAUUUCCUCAUUCCUAAGCAACGAAGCUCAGAGCCUCCCUAGCAUCGAUCCAGAGACCGUUAGUCGCGCGCUUUUCCGCGCCUGGGUUUACCACUCCAAGACAACCCAAGCCAGCCCAUCCAAGCUCCCACACCCCAAGGGUAUCUCCAUGGGAUCAGAAAGUGAAGAACCUUUUGCUAUCUUUGACUGGACAGCGCCAUCUAUCAGUGCCAAGGUUCUACCAAUAGAUACCGGCAUUCUCUUCAAAUCUGACAAGACAUACUGGCUUACUGGCAUGGCUGGUGAACUUGGCCAGUCACUUUCUGCCUGGAUGGUUUCUCACGGAGCUAGGAAUAUUGUUCUCAGCAGCCGGAACCCGAAAGUCAACCCCAAGUUCAUUGAGGAUAUGAAGCGGAGGGGCGCCAACGUAAAGACGCUGUCUCUUGACGUGACCAGUAGAAGAUCGCUUUACAAGUGCCAUAAAGAAAUCGUGAAGACCAUGCCGGAGAUCGCUGGCGUAAUGAAUGGCGCUAUGAUUCUUCAAGAUGGUUUGUUUGACACUAUGACAUAUGAGCAGUUCCAGAAAGUUAUCAGGCCGAAGGUUGAAGGUACAAAGCUCCUCGACGAACUUUUUUACAGCACGCCGUUGGACUUCUUCAUUGUUACGUCUUCGAUCACUGCCAUCACAGGGCUUACCGGGCAGAGCAACUACAGUGCCGCUAACACAUUCAUGACUGCAAUGAUGUAUCAAAGAAAGAAAAGAGGGGUAGCUGGAUCUUCGAUGGAUAUCCCUGCAGUAGCUGGUGUGGGUUACGCGGCGCAAGGCGACAACUUUGAUUUCGGUUACUUCAGCUCGAUCGGCUACAUCACUAUAUCAGAGCAUGAUUUCCGUACCCUGUUCGCCGAGGCUAUUAUCUCUGGUCGUCCCAAUUGCCCUGAACAGGCUGAGGUGAUCACUGGCGUUAACUACGUUCCCGUGGAUGUUCAGGUAAAAGAAGCCCACCGGAGGGAUGUGAAGUUUUCUCACUUCAUCAUUAAAGAGGACCACAAUGCCACCCCAGGUACUGGUAAAGUAGCGCUUCGUGUCAAGGCGCAGCUACAGCAAGCAAAGACCAAAGAAGACGUUUCAACAAUUGUGCAAGAAGCAUUCUUGAUGAAGCUGAAGCGGGUUCUUCAAACUGCAGAUGGAGAUGCAGUUGAUGAUUCAGUAGCCCUGGUCGAGCAGGGUGUUGAUUCAUUAGUUGCUGUGGAGAUUCGUUCUUGGUUCCUGAAGGAGGUUGAAGUCGACAUUCCUGUUCUAAAGGUUCUCGGCGGAAGCUCUAUUUCUGAUUUGAUUGCUACUGCUGUUGACAAAAUCCCAGAAACUCUAGUUAAUCUCAGCAACCCCGAUAGCAGAAAGCCGGGCCUGCCUACAACAUCAUCUCCACCCCCAUCCAUUGCUUCAAUUCAACAGUCGCCAUCCGUGCAGCACGUCAAAUCAACGGUCCUAAGCGCGGCGGAAAACAACGAAAACAUCCACCCACCAGCUCGAACCGUCGUUUCAAGAUCAAUAACGGCCACUACUGCAUCCAGCCUUGGCACAACUCCUGUAUUCACACCCAACUUGUCACCCACGCUGACCCCCAGUAGUGCGAUGAGCAAUGCCACACCAUCUUCGAGUGAAUCUUCCCCUCUGCUAAAGCCGCAUGAUAUUGGAGACGAUAAACAGAGCAUCAUAAUAAGUCUGCCGAGUCUCUCUAACCUUAAGGCUACAGCUGAGAUGUCUUAUGGUCAAACUAGGUUCUGGUUUUUGCACCAGCUCCUGAAAGACAAGACACCAUUCAAUUUCUCGAUAUGUGCUUGCAUGAAGGGACCAUUCAACCUGGGCACUUUUGAGAGGGCUGUAAAUUUGGUGAUGCAGCGCCACGAAGCAUUCCAAACAACCUUCUUUUGGGCUGCUGGGGACUCGGGAAUCCCUACCCAAGGAAUUAGCUAUAGGCCCUUGAUCGAACUGGAGAAGGGGCAAAUUACGUCCGAAGCUGAGGCUAUGGAGGAGCUCCAACGACUUCGCGACCACACGUAUGAUUUGGAAAACGGAGGCGCAGUACUCAUGAAGUUGUUAUCGCUAUCCGAGCAUGUCCAUUAUUUCCUUGUUGGUUGUCACCACAUUGCCAUGGAUGGACAGAGUAUGCAUAUCUUCAUGUCCGAAGUUGAUAGGACAUAUCGGAACCAACGGCUAGAACCAAUGUUGCCCGAAUCACAAUACAGGGCAUUUUCAGCACACCAGCGCCACCAGCACGAGUCAGGUCGGAUGAAACCAGACAUCGAAUACUUCCGUAAGAUCAUCACUGAGGAUCCUACACCAAUUGAGCUUUUCCCAUUUUCCAAACUCAAGGCGCGCAAAGUCAUGACAACUUACAGAUUAAAUAAAGCUGAAAUGAGCGUCGAUAUCCAAACGGCCAGGGUUAUUAAACAGCUUGCGCGGAAGCUUCAUUGUACAAACUUCCACGUCUAUCUGACAGUACUUCAGGCUUUGAUCUUCCGCUUGCUACCGGAAAAUGACCAGGUCUUCGUCGGUAUUGCGGACUCAAACCGCGUAGAUAGUAAGUUCAUUGGGACACUGGGAUGCCUGGUAAACCUGCUCCCUAUCAGAUUCGAUAGGGGGGAUGACACCAAGUUCGGCGACGCAGUGAAGUCUUCUAGGAAUAAAGUCUACGGGGCGCUCGAGCAUUCCCAAGUUCCUUUUGAUGUCUUAUUGGAUGCGCUUGAAAUAUCACGCUCGGGAGAGCACACUCCAAUCUUCCAGAUCUUCAUGGACUACCGGUUGAGCGAACAGCAGAAAACGGUCUUUGCUGGCUGUGACACCGAAGUCACAUGGAACAAUGCAUCAACUGGCUACGAUCUACAGCUUGAAGUACUUGAUACAAAUGCUGGGGAGACACUUAUUACCCUCAAGCUACAGGAUGCGUUAUACUCUCAGUAUCACACUGAGUUAUUACUUCGAACAUAUGUCCACGUUUUGAAGCAAUUCACUGCGGAUGGUGUUGGCGAUAUCACCCUCGAUAAGCCGACAGUGUGGUCGCAACAAGACAUUGAUAUUGCUUUGACAGUAGCCAAAGGGCCAUCGCUUAGCUUGUCAUGGCCUCCUACUAUCUCUCAUCGGAUCGACCAGGUCAUAAAGUUAUAUCCUUCAGUUACCGCUAUCAAGGAUAGUUAUGAAAAUGUUCUCACCUAUGCCGACUUAGCUGACCGUAUGAACACCAUUGCUAGGGAACUGAAGAAGCUAGGCGUUGGAGAAGGCACAGUAGUAGCCGUCUUCCAAGAGCCUAGUGCAGAUUGGAUGUGCUCUAUGUUGGCUAUCUUUAGAACAGGAGCUACAUAUAUUCCCCUUGACCUCAAGAACGGCAUCGAUCGACUUGUAGGCUCUAUCAACGUCGCCCGCCCUCAUGCUAUUCUAGUCGACCGGUGGACAGCGAUCAAAGCUCCCGAGCUUCAGCUGAGCGGGGAAUUGAUCAUUAACGUUUCAAAAAUUCGAACUGUUGAGGCUUGCCCUGAGGUUCGGAAUGCUGCAAAAGAAGAUUCUACAGCCGUCGUACUCUUCACUAGUGGUUCGACAGGUGUUCCUAAGGGCAUCAAGCUGCCUCAUUCAUGUUUCGCUGCACAUGCUGAAGGCAUUGAGACAGCUUGGGGUGUUGGUCCCAACGUGGUUCUACAGCAAAUUACGCUAAGCUUUGACCUCUCGCUGCAUCAGAUCUUUACAGCUUUGGCGAAUGGCGGAACACUAUGUGUGGUACCGUCCCACAAGCGAGGCGAUCCAGAGGCAAUUACCCAGCUCAUGUUAGAUGAGAGCGUGAGCUAUACGAUAGCGACACCGACGGAAUACAACAUGUGGCACCAUGAGAGUGCCGCCAAUCUAUCCCAAUGCACUGCUUGGCGCUGGGCCUUAACGGGAGGAGAAGUUCUGCCAAAGACAACCAUCCGAGAUUUCGCAAAACUAGCACUGCCUUCACUUAAGCUUUACGACGUCUAUGGACCAGCUGAGGCUACCAUUGCUAUAACUAAGAGCGAAAUCCGUUAUAACGAAGUCGGUUUAGAACAGGUCCUGCCCACCGGCCACAUGCUGCCUAACUACUCGUUAUAUAUCCUUGAUGAACAAAUGAAACCUGCUCCUGUCGGCGUUUCCGGAGAGAUUGUUGUGGGUGGGCCGGGAGUUGCAGCAGGCUAUCUCGGACUAGAGGAGCUGACGGCGGAGAAAUUCAUCAAAAAUCCAUUUGAUACUGUACAACCGAUCAACACAAAACAGAAUCGGCUGUACCGCACCGGAGACCGGGGUUAUCUUGGUGAAGAUGGUGCUCUUUAUUUCGAAGGCAGGAUCGACGGCGAUACUCAGAUCAAGCUCCGCGGUAUCCGCAUCGAGCUUGGUGAAAUAGAGGCUGCCAUUAUGAACACGGCUGGUGGCGCAAUCUCACAAUCAGUAAUUGCAGCCCACGGAGAGGACGAGUCAAAGUUCUUAGUUGCAUACAUCGUCUUCUCCUCUCAGCAUCACAUCACCAAUCCCCAGGGGUGGUUGACAAAUCUCCAGUCAAAUCUCCCUGUUCCCCCUUAUAUGCAGCCAUCCCAGUUUAUUGUUUUACAAAGCAUGCCCAUGAACUCGCACGGCAAAAUAGACCGCAAAGCACUUAGGAGUAUUCCUGUCGAGUACCUGAAUAGCUCACAAGGUGCCAGUAGUACCACCAACCUUAAUGAAACAGAAAAGCUAGUUGCCGAACAGUGGCAGAAGAUCCUCCCUUCUCGGGGUAUCUCAUUACGGCCAGAAACAAACUUCUUCCAUGUUGGUGGCAACUCAUUGCUGCUUGUGAAGCUUCAGCGAUUACUGAAAGAAAGCUUUGAUUCCGCUCCCCGACUAGUUGACUUGAUGACAUCCAGCACUCUCAAAGAAAUGAGCGAUGCGGUCGACAAGAUUUCAUGCACCUCGAAGAUCGAUUGGCGUUCCGAUACUUUGAUCCCUGCAUCAUGGGCAACUAGUCCGAAGAGCUUGAUACCUCCAGGCAAGGAAAAUCUCACUAUCUUGCUAACAGGAGCUACGGGGUAUCUUGGUCGUCACGUACUCCCUCGCCUUAUUGAAGACUCAAGAGUCAGCAAAGUCAUUUGCUUAGUCCGCGACGAGAGUGGCUUACAAGAACAUGACAAGAUCGAGAUCCUUGUGUGCAAGCUCAGCGAAGACAACCUAGGGCUCCCAAGCGACGUAUAUGAGAGACUUGCCAAAACAUCCGAUAUAGUUAUCCAUUGUGCAGCAAACCGGUCGUUCUGGGAUGACUAUGAAGCCCUACGACAGAUCAACGUUCUCUCAGUCAAGCAGCUUAUUCAUCUGGCCUCUUUCCGACAACUGCCUCUGCAUUUCUUUUCAUCGGGGGCUGCCGCGCCGGUCACUACCGAUGGCUACCUACUCUCUAAAUUUGCCGCUGAGAAACUACUCGAGAAUGCCUCGUCUCAACUCAACAUUCCGGUGUAUAUCCACACACCACAGGCUGCGCCCCCGGACGCUGAACCAACUAGUGAUCAGGCGGUCAUCAGCGCUUUUGUAGAGUGUGCUAGACAAGUCGGAGCACGGCCUGGCUUCGACGGCUUCCGCGGCUACAUCGAUCUACUAGAGACAGGCGACUUUAUCGACCAGGUGGUGGAUACUGUAUUCCACCAAGACGCAAAGGCCGACCUGCUAACUCGUGUACCGUAUUCUGGCAUGGCUCGGGCCGAUAUUAAUAGCUCUACUUUGGCGAGGUUCGCGGAACAUGCGGAGUGGCUGGAGUUGCCGACGAUGGAUCCGCUGUUGUGGAUGGGUGAGGCGAAGAGAGCUGGGUUUCCUUACGUCUUGGUUGCGCAAAAUCUUAUCAUGUCUUCGGGAUCUGGACAGGUUGUCUCUAAGAGAUAGUUUUACUUUGUCACGGACAGCGUUACGGAGUUCGAAUUUCCUUUACUAUAUAUACUUUGGGGUACUGUGAGUAUUCUUGUGGGCGUCCAGGAUAUGGGGUCUUUAGUAUAUAUCUUCACUCUUUGUAUACUUUUCCUUUCGUCAUAGAUAUAUAAUUCAUGCAGUCGCCUGCCUUUUGACUAAU